CCUCGGUUCACCCUCCGCCCAGCCCCCAGGAGGCCGCCCCUGCAACCCCCUGUGGACCCUGUGGUGAAGGCCAAAACGGAGAGCUCUGUGACCCUUGGCUGGUUCCCGCCACCCCACGGGGACCGCCCUGUCACCAUCGACGGCUACCUGGUGGAGAAGAAGCGGCUGGGCACCUACACCUGGAGCCGAUGCCACGAGGCUCAGUGGGUGGCCAAGCCAGAGCUGACGGUGGCUGGCGGGGCCGAGGAAGGGGACUUUCAGUUUCGGGUGUCAGCUAUCAACAGCUUUGGCCAGAGUCCCUACCUGGAGUUCCCAGGGACAGUUCAUUUGGCUCCUCAGCUGGCCGUGAGGACGCCCCUGAAGGCGGUGGAGGCGGUGGAGGGUGGUGAGGUCACCUUCUCUGUGGACCUCACGGUGGCCUCAGCGGGCAAGUGGUUCUUGAAUGGGCAGGCCCUGAAGGCCAGCAGCGUGUACCUGAUCCGCCGUGACUGCACCCGACACACGCUCACCAUCCGUGAGGUGACCGCCAGCCUGCACGGGGCACAGCUGAAGUUCGUGGCUGACGGCAUUGAGAGCAGCAUCCGCAUGGAGGUCCGAGGUCACCGGGAUGAAGCACAGCAGGGCAGCGGGCUGUCGGACCAGGCUGCGGCUGUCACAUGGCUGAAGGACGGCCGCACGCUGUCCCCCGGCCCCAAGUACGAGGUGCAGGCAUUGGCCGGGAAGCAGGCACUGCUUGUGCACGACGUGGUGCGGUCUGAUGCCGGCCUGUAUGAGUGUGUCAGCCCCGGGGGCUGUGUCGCCUACCAGCUAUCUGUGCAAGGCCUCACGCCCUUUCUGCACAAGGACACAACGGGCGGCUGCGUGGAUGCUGUGGCUGGGGGCCCAGCCCAGUUUGAGUGUGAGACGUCGGAGGCCCACAUCAGCGUGCGCUGGUACAAGGAUGGCACCGAGCUGGGUUGCUCCAGCCCGCACUUCUUGCAGGAAGACAUGGGGACACGGCAUCGGCUGGUGGCCUCCUCAGUCACCAGGCAGGAUGAGGGCACCUACUCCUGCCGUGUGGGCGAGGACUCAGUGGACUUCCAGCUCCGGGUCUCUGAGCCUGCUGUGGUGUUCGCCAAAGAUCAGCCUGUGCGCAGCGAGGUGAAGGCCGGGGCAGGAGCCAGUGCCACGCUGAGCUGCGAGGUGGCCCAGGCCCAGACAGAGGUGACUUGGUACAAGGAUGGGAAGAAGCUGAGCUCAAGCUCAAAGGUGCGCAUGGAGGCUGCAGGCUGCACACGGCGGCUGGUGGUGCAGAAGGCAGGGAAGGUGGACGCUGGGGAGUACACCUGUGAGGCUGGAGGCCAGAGUGUCUCCUUCUGCCUGGAUGUCACAGAGCCCAAGGCAGUGUUUGCCAAGGAUCAGCCUGUGCACAGUGAGGUGAAGGCUGAGGCGGGAACUAAUGCCACACUGAGCUGCAAGGUGGCCCAGGCCCAGACGGAGGUGACGUGGUACAAGGAUGGGAAAAAGCUGAUCUCAAGCUCGAAGGUGCAUUUCGAGGCCACAGGCUGCACGCGGCGGCUGGUGGUGCAGAAGCCAGAGAAGGUGGAUGCUGGGGAGUACAGCUGCGAGGCCGGGGGCCGCAGGGUCUCCUUCCACCUGGAUGUCACAGAGCCCAAGGCAGUGUUUGCCAAGGAUCAGCCUGUGCACAGUGAGGUGAAGGCUGAGGCGGGAACUAAUGCCACACUGAGCUGCAAGGUGGCCCAGGCCCAGACGGAGGUGACGUGGUACAAGGAUGGGAAAAAGCUGAUCUCAAGCUCGAAGGUGCACUUGGAGGCCACAGGCUGCAUGCGGCGGCUGGUGGUGCAGCAGGUGGGGAAGGCGGAUGCUGGGGAGUACAGCUGCGAGGCUGGGGGCCGGAGGGUCUCCUUCCACCUGGAUGUCGCAGAGCCCAAGGUGGUGUUCACCAAGGAGCAGCCUGCACACAGCAAGGUGAAGGCUGAGGCAGGGGCCAGCACCACACUGAGCUGCGAGGUGGCCCAGUCCCAGACAGAGGUGACAUGGUACAAGGAUGGGAAGAAGCUGAGCUCAAGCUCAGUGGUGCGAAUGGAGGCCACAGGUUGCACGCGGCGGCUGGUGGUGCAGCAGGUGGGGAAGGCAGACGCUGGGGAGUACAGCUGCGAGGCUGGGGGCCAGAGUGUCUCCUUCCAUCUGGACGUCACAGAACCCAAGGUCAUGUUUGCCAAGGAUCAGCCAGCACACAGUGAGGUGAAGGCUGAGGCAGGGGCCAGUGCCACGCUGAGCUGUGAGGUGGCCCAGGCCCAGACAGAGGUGGCAUGGUACAAGGAUGGGAAGAAACUGAGCUCAAGCUCGAAGGUCCGCAUGGAGGCUGCAGGCUGCACACGGCAGCUGGUGGUGCAGAAGACAGGGAAGGCGGACACUGGGGAGUACUGCUGCAAGGCCGGGGGCCAGAGGGUCUCCUUCUGCCUGGAUGUCACAGAGCCCAAGGUGGUGUUUGCCAAGCAGCAGCCUGCACACAGUGCGGUUAAGGCCGAGGUGGGGGCCAGUGCCACGCUGAGCUGUGAGGUGGCCCAGGCUCAGACGGAGGUGGCAUGGUACAAAGAUGGGAAGAAACUGAACUUGAGCUUGAAGGUGUGCAUGGAGGCCACGGGCUGUAGGCGGCAGCUGAUGGUGCAGCAGGCGGGGAAGGCAGACACUGGGGAGUACAGCUGUGAGGCUAGGGGCCAGAGGGUCUCCUUCCACCUGGACGUCACUGAGCCCAAAGCAGUGUUCUCCAAGGAUCAGCCAGCACACCGUGAAGUUAAGGCCGAGGCAGGGGCCAACGCCACGCUGAGCUGUGAGGUGGCCCAGGCCCAGACGGAGGUGACAUGGUAUAAGGAUGGGAAGAAGCUGGGCUCAAGCUUGAAGAUGCACCUGGAGGCCACGGGCUGCACGCGGCGGCUGGUGUUGCAGCAGGCGGGGAAGGCAGAUGCCGGGGAGUACAGCUGUGAGGCCAGGGGUCAGAGGGUCUCCUUCCUUCUGGAUGUCACAGGUCAGUCCUUUGUGGAUAGCAGCUUAGCCUUGUUUAGAAGUGAUGAGCACAGCUGA